AUGGUCGGAGCCGGGCCGGGUCCGCCCCUGCGCCUCUUGCGCGGCUUCCCGUGCGGAGCCAGGCGCAGAGCCGCAGUGCGGGACAGGCUGGACGCGGCAGCGGCAAUGCUCCAGCGCUCCGGGAUGACAGGGAGCCGGCGCGGCCGCGGCUUUUGUCCCGCUUCCAGCUGCCACUCUCCUAGCACUGAGUGUGGCCGUGUGCUAUGGGGCGACGCGGGGGCUACCCUCGUCCGCCUGCUGCUGCUGCUGCCGCUGCUGCUGGUUGGCCUCCCGGCGCUCUGCUCCGCAGGGCUGGGGGAACUGGGUCCCACCAUCGACGGACAGCGGCUGACAGUGUGUACGCUGCGGGAGGGGGAGAGCAGCGCCUUCACCUGCCGGGCCCCCAGGCCGGUCCCCGGUGCCGCACUGGAGUGGUACCUUGACGGCCGUAGGCAGAAGGCGAACUGCUUGGCCACGGGCACUGCCAGCACCCUCACCCUUACUGCCCGGCGGACCGACCGCGAGCUGAACUGCUCCCUGACGGACCUGGCCACCGGUGAGACCUACAACGCCUCCAUCCUCCUCGACGUGCAGUACAAGCCGGAGAUCCUGCAGGCAGACGCCCACUACCAGGAGGUGGAAGAUGCUGGGCUCCUCCUGGUGCUCUUCGUGCUAGUGCAAGCCAACCCCCCUGCCAGCGUCACUUGGGUGGACCAGGAUGGGCACGUGAUGGCCAACGCCUCUGAGUUCCUCCUCCUGGGUGCCACACACUACCCAGGGCUGACCAACCACUCCCUUCGCAUCCACCUGGCCCGCGCGGCCGGCAACUUUUCUGUCAGUGCUGCCAACAGCGUGGGCAUUACUACUGCCUCCAUCCUACCCCCAAGUCUGCUGGAUACUCGCGUGGAACUACCCCUCCUGGGCGUUGCUGUUGGAGCAGCUGUGGCCCUGGGUGCCCUGCUCAGCCUGGGCUCCUGUGCUGCCUGCCUUGUGUGCCACCGGGCCAAGCCAGUGCCAGGCAAGGGGGGAGCAGAAGGGAGCAGCCAGCUCAACCACUGCUCCCACUGCGGUGGCUCUGGUCUCCUGCUGCCCUCGGGCUCACGCCUGCCCCGCCAGACCCAGUCACUGCCACCCAACCUGCGCCUCAGCGACUUCACACAGGAGCCCAGCGCUUCCUCUAAGGACAUAGGAGCUGGUGCCAGGGGAGAGGAGAGCACUGUACUGGGGCCACAAAACCCUCUGGUCUUCAGCAAGCUUGGUGAGGGGGGCACAAGUGGGCAAGCAGCCCUGAAAACCAUCAUCCUUUACGGCCACCCCAAAAGGUGACAGCACCAAGUGUUUUUGUCUCACAGGUUUUAUCCAGUUCCCAGUGUCUGGACGCAUCUACAAAGUGCCCAGCACCAGCAGUGA